AAAGCUUUUAAAGCAAAAAUGAUAUUAGGACCGUACAAAGGAACCCCGGGGGAUAUAAGUAUUUUAGCCCCCAAAAAGCCGGUUACUUGCUUUAAAUGCGGGCAAUUAGGCCAUAUCGUUAUAACAUGCAAAAUACGAACGGAUAACCCGGAAAGUUCGUUGGCUUUAGCAACCAUACAAAGGGCAAAAGGGAAAAGGCCCAAAGUACGGUGUUACGGGUAUGGGGAGCUAGGCCAUAUCCGGCCGGCGUGCUUUAAAAAAAGCAAAAUAUUGCUAUUUAAUUCGAUACCGUUAUUUAGCCGUUUAAGCACCGGGGUUUAA